AUGAUAAGAUCAAUAUUAUCUGCUAUUCAUUUAAUAACAACACGUAUUAUAAUAUUAUCCUCACAUGUACAUCGUAUAUUUAUUUUAUUAUCGAUUUUAUUUCAACCAUUUGCAAAUGGAAAUUUUCAAAAUUCUGUUCGAUCAUUUUCACAUUUUAUAUUUUAUUAUUAUUCAUCAAAUGGUGCUUGUUAUACAUUACAAGCUCGAACGCGUCAUAUUGUUCGAAAAGUUAGACAACGAUGGAAAAACAAGCAUAGCGGUAUAAAUGAUGAUGAUGACGAUAUUUAUUAUGAUGCUUAUAGUGAUGAAUGGGAUUGGCUAUAG